UGGCGGCAGUUUGAAACUUGAAGUCGCGCUGCUGUAAUUUGUGACAAUGACGGCGUUGGCUGCUUUUGCCAAGCUCCCAGCAAUCAACUCUGCCACUGUUUUGUUGGUUGGAACAAAUGAAGAUUUCCAAGAGCAGCUAGCAGAGACAAUGCUUAAGGAAAAAGAAGAUUUUAAAAUAAAUAUCCACUUGACAAGGUCUCUUCCUUUACCUGCAGAGAGAGAUCACAUCCGGCCUCGAAUUGAUCUGAUUGUUUUUAUGAUUAACGUAAAAAGCAAAUACAGUUUUAAGGAUAUUGAAUCUUCACUGCUACAUGUAGAUGCCAACUUUUUCCUUGGAAAAGUGUGCUUUCUGGUCAUAGGUGCAUGUGGAAUGAAUCAAGUCAGUGUUGACGUGGACGCUGUCUUGAAGCUGGCAGAUUGUUACUGCAGCCCUGUUCUAUUCUGUGAACUGGAAUGUGAGAAUAUCAGGAUUUCCACAGCUCGACAGCUGCUCCGGAUGCUGCAAAUAUGUUCUGGUCAUGUGCCAGGAGUUUCUGCACUCUUCUUCAGUUCGUUAAUAGGAAGUUACAUUGAUGACCCCACUAUCAUGGAAUAAAGUUUUCUAUUUUUCACUUAUCAGUGAUUUCUGGGUGAACGAAAAAUUUCUGUGCCUCUUUUACAAGGAAAUGAUGCCACAUGUCAUUUAUAGUUAAUAAUGAUAUUUGUGUAUGUUUGUGUUUGUGUGUUUCAGAAAUAAAGUUUAAAUAAUAAAUAAUACUGAAUAGAAGACAGGGGCACUAGAAACGGAGAUUACGUAGCUUCAAAAUAGCCGAAUUGGUCCAAGGACUGAGAACCUACCUUUGGGCUUUCUAGAUAGGCAUCUUUGUUUAUCCAAUAUGUCUGUAUGGCCUUGUGGGGGGUGUUUCCAACACUCUGUGUUUGGAAACUAAUCAGAGAGUCAAAUGGCCAGCAGGUCAACGUUGAAAGGCAGUUAAAUGUAAAUCUAUGUUGUGCUUCCACAACUAAUUGAUGGGGCAAGGCUUUUAAUUCCAGAAAUUCAGCUGCAGUUGUAGGUUGGCAACUACAGUUAAGUGGAAGAGUUGCCUCUGAAUUCUAACACAAGCAUAAAAUGGUGCAAGUGUCUCUUACAUGCCUGUGCAUUUAUGCUGGUGUCUAGUAGACUCGUAACAAUUAUGCUUUGUUGAGUGAAACAGAGCCUUAAUGACAAUCUGCGCAAAAAGAGGAUGGAUAGCUUGACCAGCCCUAGAACAUUAAUGGACUUUUUGGUAAAUAGGCACACACAGUCCAGUAAGAUUGUAAAACACAUCUGUUGUUUGUGCUAGUUAAAAAUAGGUCUCCAGAAUAUAGUACUGACAGCAAAGUAGGUCAUAUCAGUCUAGUAUCAGAGUAUGGGUAGACUGAGCAUGAAGAGACAUGUUAAGUUGAACAUUGAGUAGUUGGGAAGAAGCUGCAGAUAGCACAGAAGCUCUUUUUAGUAUAGUAUUCCUGCCCCUUCCCCGAUGGGUUAGUUUUCCUACCCAAGUUCUGAGAUUAAUUAUCUCUAUUAUGGAUAGUUUUACAAACAUUGCUACUUCAGUGGCAAAUGAAGGCUUGCCUUUUUUUUCUUGAGAGCAGGACGGUGUGCAACAUAUGCUUACAUAUGUGAUGUGUAUGAAAGGGUAAACAUAUUACUAUACUACGGUCUUGAUUGUGGAAAAUAUUUGUAGGUUAAAUUCAUGCAAUAUAGAAAAUAGAGACUACUUUAUUUAUUACUGCUGCAUUUUGAUAUCACUAUACUUGGUUUGGAGAGCAGCUGAAGGGAAACAAGAACUAUUUCAAAUGUAAUUUCAUACAUGAUAUACAUCUGCACAGGUAUAGAGAAAAAUGUAAAAUGUGUGACAAAGUGGCUCUGAAAUGCAAGAGGCUGCCUGUGCUGUUUCCUUGUAUGUAGCUAGUGCUUUUUCCUUUGUGAUUCCUUGCAGUUGUCAGUGUAACCACAAGAUGGUAGCAAGACCUUUGUUAAAUACCAAUCAUGCUCAGAAGCUUUAGGGCUAGGCUAAGCUUCCUGCCACUUAUAAAACGACUGUAUGUGUUGGGUAUCUGAUCCAGGAAACAGAAUUCCUAAAUACAGCAUUAAACAGCAGUUCAUAAAUAAAUGUUUAAAGUUACAAUUUC